AUGCAGUACCACACGACGGUGGUCCUGCCAAGUAUAGAGGUCAGGGGUCUGGAGCGGAAUUCCAGGCCAAGCUCCGUCCGCGAUACCGAUCACCUUCCCUUUCGAGCAUGCCAAGCACCGCUGUUUGAAACGUUGUUGAAGUUCUGCAAAUGCUAUUCUCCUAUUCGCUCGUCUUCUUAA